AUGCAGGGUCGGGAGGCGGGUGACUUGGUUUCUUCUAUCUCAUCAAGAGGGUCAGGAGCGUGGCUUGAUUGUGUUUUUUUUUCUAUUUUGAAGGGACGAGGUGGAGAGAGGAACAAGAGGAAGAGGGGCCGUUUCGAUUGGUGGGGGAUCUUCUCGUGGUGUCACGAGAACGUGAGCUCUUGCACUGUCGUGAUUUUGCACAUUUUCUUGUGCUAGGUAAUCAUUUGUAGGCUGUACCCAAAAAUCUUAAGUUGUAGAGGUGAGUUGCUAGCUGUUUGUAGGCGUUAACGGACGAGGACCAAUUGAUCCCAGUUGUAGUUUCAUAAUCGUAGAAGAUUUAUAUAUGUUCCAGGGGUAGAGGUCCCCCUCCGUAAGGGUCAGCGAACGCCCCCCGCGGUCCUACAUAAGACGUCACGCCUUCCCCCCCCGGUAUACUACUGAGGGGGUGCCCCGUCUUGGUUCGAGCGUCACGCGAAAAGCGUGACGCGUCACGCGAAAAGCGUGGCGCUUUUGUUGCAUGUACCCUACAGACUUACUAGAGACAAGGCGUCACGCUUUUCGCGUGACGCUCAAGAAAGGGCCUGCAGAUGAAGGCCCCGCCCUCAGAUCAUGAGGACCUUCGGGCCCUCAGCUGAAGUCUUUCCGAUCCUGAGGACCCUCAAGGGAGAACCCUCACUCUGAGACAGAGGGCCCUCAGAUGGGGCCCGUCUGAUCAGGAGAGAGGACCUUCAAGGGAGAACCCUCACUCUGAGAGGGCUCCCAGAUGAAGUCCUUCCGAUCGUGAGGACCUUCAAGGGAGAGCCCUCAAUCUGAAUAGAGGACGCCCCGCUGAAGUCUUUCCGAUCACGCGGACCCCCAAGGGAGAACCCUCACCCUGAGAGGGCCCUCAGAUGAAGCUCUUCCGAUCAUGAGAGAGGACCUUCAAGGGAGAACCCUCACUCUGAGAGGGCUCCCAGAUGAAGUCCUUUCGAUCGUGAGGACCUCCUUCAAGGGAGGGCCCUCAAUCUGAAUAGAGGACAUCCAGCGGAAGUCUUUCCGAUCAUGAGGACCCUCAAGGGAGAGCAGUCUGAGAGGGCUCCCGGGUGAAGUCUCUCCGAUCAUGAGAGGGGACCCUCAAGGGAGAACCCUCACUCUGAGAGGGCUCGCAGAUGAAGUCCUUCCGAUCAUGAGGACCCGCAAGGGAGAGCCCUCAAUCUGAAUAGAGGGCACGCAGCUGAGGUCUUUCUGAUCAUGAGGACCCUCAAGGGAGAACCCUCACUCUGAAAGGGCCCCCAGAUGAAGCUCUUCCGAUCCUGAGAGAGGACCUUCAAGGGAGAACCCUCAGUCACUCUGAGAGGGCUCCCAGAUGAAGUCCUUCCGAUCAUGAGGACCCUCAAGGGAGGGCCUUCCAUCUGAAUAGAGGCCAUCCAGCUGAAGUCCUUCCGACCAUGAGGACCCUCAAGGGAGAACCCUCACUCUGAGAGGGCCCUCCGAUGAAGCUCUUCUGAUCAUGAGAGAGGAACUGCACGGGAGAACCCUCACCCUGGGUGGGUGUCUCUCAGUCGGCACGCCUGGCCUCGUCUCUCGCUCUCUCUCUUUCUAACACCGAAGCAAGCUAAGACACUACCGACAGCUGAGCGGCUCUCUGCUUGUCUUUAUGAUUCUGCGCGCCUUUUUGCAUUCUGCGUGUCUUUUUGCGUGCUAGCAUACUGCCAAAGCUGUCCACGCACACGCGACAUGUGUGGCCCUUAUCUUAUGACGCACCUGACUUCCUCGGUCAGCGUCACGCUUACACACUGGCAAAGUAAGAGGCGCCUGAUCUGCAUUGGAUUCCCAUGCGUCACACUAGAGAACGCACGCGGAAAAGACAUCCGACCCCGAUGAGAUUCCCACGCGUCACGCUAGGGCGCACAUCGUCAAAAAGCACCCAGGCCCCAUGAGGUUCCUACGCGUCACGCUAGAGAACGCAUGGCGAAAAAAUACCCAAUCCCCCCGAGAUUCAUAUGCGUCACGCUAGAGGCGUGCGGUGGCGCGUGACGAUCCGCGGGGGGCGUUCGCUGAGUCUUACGGCCCCCCUCCCCCACCCCUGUGGAUGGAGGGGCGGUGACGUCCGCGCGCCUUGUUUUCCGCGGUGGUGACAUCUAAGGACUCCCUGGGGCGGAGGCCUCAAAAGGCGGGGCGGGAGGCUCCUGGCGGCUCUCCGCGUGUACCCCACAGGCGUCCCGGCUGGCUCUUGCACCUUAUCAGCGUGGCGGCCUCCGAAGGCGGCCACGGUCGCGAGGCCUGGCGCCUUUGGCGCUCAUCGCCCCAGUUGGUAGCUGCGUCUGCCGCCACCAAACGCCCGGGGGGUUGAGGGCCAAAGGUGAGGAGGAUGGGGGGCAAGGCGUGCCCGCCUGGGUUUUGUCGGAGACAUGCAGCACGGCGGAAGGGGUCAAGCCUUGCCACCUGCUGCCCUCGGACGCCUUCCACAUCCCAAGGCGCUCCCCCAGUGAGGAGCCCGCGCCCGGGAGUUCUGUGGGGUACAUGUGAAACGGCAUGGGAGGUCUGUAGGGCACACGCGACACGGAAAGGGGGCCAAGAGGCCACCUGUGCCGCCUUCGGAAGCCUUCCACCCCCCCUCCCUUGGCCCCGGACCCCUGGAGCAUAUUUCUCAGGGGUGAAGGCCCCCUUAUGUGGAUGAAACGGCGGUUGCGUCAGCGCGCUCUUUUUUCCGCGGUGGUGACAUGAACGGACUCCUGGGGGCGGCGGCCGCUUGGAGCCACGAGGCCGCGAAGGUGGGCGUUUGGAGGCCUUCCCCCCUGGCAGUCCCUCGGGGAAAAGGCUCUGGGGCUGGCGCCCUCCCUCAAAAAUUUGCAUCGGAGGGCGGCCUUGGGCCAAGGUUGUCCCUUGACCCCUGGGACAUAUCUUGAUACUGAUAGAAGGGGAUAUCAGUAUCGUAUCAUUCAUCAUCCUAGAAUAGAUGAAAGGAGGCAGCGCAUUGAUAUUGACGGAGUCCGACAAGUCGAGUUGAACAAGUUGAUCAUAAGAUAUCACAAGAUUGUUAAUCCGUGCGCCUCCUGUUCCUUCUAUUGAUGAUAAGACUAUUGAGAAAGUAGAUGGAAAAGUUUUGGCUAUCGAUGUCGUAGUUUGUUUAUGACGCACUUACUGGUUUUUUUUAUUUUUUCGAUAUGAAUUGAAUCCGGAGCGGAUCGAGGAUGUAGCUGAAAUUGAAGUAUCAAAGUUGAGGUGAUAUGCUUAUACCUUGUUGUACGUGUAUCAAGAGCUGCAUGGUAUUUGACGUCACAACGAAUUGUGUGCUGUGCCAUUGAAUCUCCUGCCAUCAAAGUCGGCGGCAAAGUCCGGGUGCUUCGUCAGGAAUUCAUUUUUUCUUAUCACCACCUUUAUGCUAAUAUCAGGAAAAAUUCAUUUCUUGUUGUACAUGUGUCAAGAGGUGCAUGAUGGUAAUGAUUAAGCAAGAUCUUCUUUGCGGAUACUUAGUUACAACCUCAAGCUAAAACAUUGCUGAGUAGAUGAACUAACUACGGAAAUACGGAAGUGAAGUAGACCACCACAACCACCUCCGACAAAUAAGAAAUGAAGACAGUAUCAGUAAGAAUUUGACCUUAGAAAAUUAUACGACGAGGACCGGAAAAAUCGGAAGUCAGAAGAUUGGCAUGAUCUGUAACUAAAAGAAGUUGUAUCUAAUGUUCAUGUUUAACUCCGUCUAAGUAGAAAAGUUGCAUGAUCAGGAUCAUUAUGGAGAAGUUGAAAACGGAAUUUUUGCGAUCAAUCUGAAAAAAUAUGAAUCAUAGUUGUUAUACGUUGUACCAGUCGAAGUCGUCAGGUUACUUACGUUAGCUUAGAUUUAGAACUCGAUGUUUAGAAUUACUUAGAAAGAUAGUAUUUUGAAGAUGUUGCUCAGUGAUGUAAUUAGUUUUUUAAGAGCAUUACAUUUAUUUUUUAGAUAGUGUUUAGAAGAUGUCGAAUGAAGCACAAGACACAGGAGAAAGAUGAAGGAGCAACACGAAUCAUCCGCUUAAGCAUCUUCUUCACAAAAACGAGAAAUACUGUCCAAAGCGACGAAUUUUUGACAUAACCAAGAGUGACUACUUGGCACAACUUGAAGAGAAAAAUGUCCACCCAAUAAUUGUAUCAAGAUGAAGUAGGUGGUGAUGUGUAUUACACACAAGAGCUACUGUAUCGAGAGGUUGUGAACAAGGCAGAGGACUCACCGGAG